CAUACGUCGCCGUUUCAUUCAAAAUAUAUGUUUUUAUUUUUUACAUUUACUGGAGGGCGUGAGGGGUUUAAACGUUGUUAGGAUACCUACGUGUUCGUCUCAUAACGAACAUAAUCAUUACGGAUUGAGUCCCAGGCAGAAGUGAAGCGAAAGUGCGUAUGUAAAACCAAAAAAUAUUUUUUAAAGUUAUUUUUACUGUCACUUUAAACACGGUUACCUUUGACUUGGACAGACGAGGCGCAUGCGCAUUUACGUUAGGACGGCAUGGCAUUGGCAGUGUCGCUGCUUCGAUGCUCAAGGAGCCAACGGUCUGCCUUUGGCGUAACGAACGUGUGUGGCCUCCAGCUGAUAAAUAACAAGGGCACGUUCCGAGCUUACAGUUAUGACAAUGAAGAACUAUAUCCCGGCCACAUUCCCACAACUCCCAUUCAGAAGGCCUUGCUGGCAGUUGGCUCAGGUGUCGCUGCCCUUCAAGACCCUUAUCGACACGACAUGGUGGCAGUGCUCGGCGAGACAACAGGACACUUUGCUUUGUUAAACCUCAGGGACCGGAUGAGAAAUGACCCGGAGGGACACGUGGUCCUCCAGGACAGGCCAAGAAUCCGGCUGUCGACGCUGGACUUGAGAAAGAUGGCCUCCUUACCUGAGGGAACCUUUGGCCGAGAAUACCUCCGUUUUCUGGAAGACAACCAAGUGACCCCUGACUCGAGGGCAGAUGUAAAGUUUGUGGACAACGAGGAGCUAGCUUACGUCAUGCAGAGAUACAGAGAGGUCCACGACCUGCUGCACACCCUACUGGGCAUGCCCACCAACAUGCUGGGUGAAGUGGCUGUAAAGUGGUUUGAAGCCGCUCAGACUGGGCUCCCCAUGUGCGCCCUCGGAGCUCUGCUGGGCCCACUUCGACUAAACCCAAAUCGCCUGCAGCAGCUGGUCACAUCUUUGGGCCCCUGGGCCGUGCAGAAUGGCCGACGGGCCCGGUGUGUCCUCAGCGUCUUCUAUGAGAGGCGAUGGGAGCAGAGCGUCGAGGACCUGAGACAGGAGCUGAACAUCGAGCCUCCUCCCACCCAGUAAUCACGUAAAUAAUGACUAGCUCAGUGGCCUUGUGGUUGGACUGGAAGGUUGUGUGUUCAAACCCUGGCCGAGUCAUACCAAUGACUAUAAAAAUGGGACCCAUUGCCUCCCUGCUUGGCACUCAGCAUCAAGGGUUGGAAUUGAGGGCUAAAUCACCAAAUUAUUCCAGAGCGCAGCCCCCGCUGCUGCUAACUGCUCCCCUCACCUCCCAGGGGAUGGGUCGAAUGCACACCUAGUGUGUGUGUGUGAUGAAUCUUUGGGACUUUAACUUAAACCCUAAUGGACCCAGGAGGUGGCAAGGACUAAAAAUGUAUGUUUUUUGCAUAGACUGAAUAGUCUCGUUAUGAUUGAAUGUACACUAUGUAUAUUUAUUCAACUAAAUGUUUUGUUCCAAAGCAUAUAGUUUAUCGCGUACAUUACAUUUUUUUAUUAGAAAAUAUUUGUGAGGAAUAGUACAAAAUAUUUAUACUCCAAUGGCAACGCUGCCCCCUUGUGGCUGUAUACAAAUCUAAACAUCAUCCUAUUAUUUGGCCCCUAGAGAGAGACAAACCGAAAGCUGUUAACAAUAGUUAUACUUGGAAUAAAUAACUUUUUGCCCAUAGUUGGUCUAAAUCAGGGGUGCCCACACUUUUCAGCAGGCAAGCUACUUUUUAAAUGACCGAGUCGAAGGGAUCUACCUCAUUCAUGUAUAUAAUUUACAUUUAUUUAUUUAUGAAAAGACAUUUUUGUUAACAAGUCAAAAGACGUUUAAUGAUAAUAAAAGCAUGUUCAACACA